AUGGCCAAGUUCAGAAUCCCGCAAUGUCUAUUCGCACUAUGCGCCAUAGCGUUACAAUCGAUCGUAUAUUUGAACGCAUUGUCGUGCGAUUUCGGAGAUCCGCCAGGAUCACUCAGCAGUAACGCACUCGUCGCGUGCCACAUAGACCUCGAAACCGUCAACAGCGCAACUGUGACAUGCCCACGCCGGGUAGACGAUACGAAGUACGCCUGGCAUCCUCAGCCGUAUGUAGGUAAUCACUCUCAUCUUAAUGCAUACGUAAGUGAAAAUGGCAAUUUCCGUUCCGUUGGUAUUUCGGAUGCAGUGAUAACGGAUGCACCAGGUGAUUAUAUUUGGACGGAUUCAAAUGAGGCAGAUGCCACGCUUCAUUUAAACCUAGGAGAUUAUAGCGAUAUAUAUGUCAUCACAGAGCGCCGUUUGAUAUUCAUUUGUGGGCCGCGAGAUUUGGUUCUGACUAAUGAAUUGCAGCGUCACAUCGACAGCCUCAAUGAUUCUCGUCUCAUGGUAGAACUUCCUUGGACCUCUACUACGCCUUUGGCUCAUGAAAUCUCAAAGAUUGGAAAAGGUUUGGGAGUGUACUUCUUGUACAGAGACCGCGUUCAUCUACCUCUUCAAGGUUGCGGCAGCCGUCCUUCACCUCUGUUCGCCUCGGAUAAUGAAGUGACCGUGGAUCCCGUAACUGGUAUCCGCUCAUGUGUAGCGGAUCCCAUGUCAGAAACGUUCAUUGGGUUCCUCUGCGAAGGCAGGAUUGAACCUGCGGAUUGUAUGAGAUCACUCUUGGACGAGAAUGGCGAAGUUGUGAAGCCUCCUCGGCCACAUUCGUAUAGGAAAUUCGAUAACGUUCCGCCUUGGAGGGUAGCGCGAUAUUUUAAUGACUUAGCACUCCCUAUGUUCACUGGCGAAUGCAGAUGCAUAGGUUCCGACACAGGUGAGUUAAUGGCCAGGAUCGAGAUUCGUCCCCAAACCGAGUACGUUUGUGACAUUUCCAGCUUGAUCGAGCGCAACAAUGCGAAUCCUAUCAACGGCCCUUGGUGUUCGGUGGUUCUCCAUCCCGGCAGCACCUUGACCAUACGGUUCCCAACAGCGGAUGUCCAUUCGGCGUCUAACGAUGCAACGCAACUGCUGCCUACUGAUCAAUUCGAAGCUGAAUUCUUGCCGAAAGACUUGACCACACUGCGGCAACUUAAAACGGCGUAUGACUUUGAUGUGUACGAAGAAAUCUCAUACAACGAAGCGCUUGCAGGCGAUGCCCUCGAGAUGGAUGUUUCCCAAAUGGCCCAGGGUGAGGUAAAACUGAAGUACCAUGCGGACAAACCUCUCGCGUUAAAGGGGGGUCACAACUCGUUUUUGUAUCACUGGAGACUGAAAUCCACGAAUGAGGAUGUUCCAGAUAAGCUACGAGCCAUCGUCAAAGUGGUCUUUGCGUUGACGCACCCCUACCAUAUCAUUGGUAGUGACCGAGGUCUACGGAGUGUGUUUGGAUCAUCAGUGAGCAAACAGUAUAAUCCAACCAAAACCAUGGAAAGUGGAAUGGGGAAUGUUUAUGGAGGCGGAUAUGAUCUGAUAGGGGACAAUCGGAAGGCCGGUAUAUACUGCAGGGCUGAUGAGGAGCUGUUGCCAAAAGACUGCGAAUCUACAGCAUACGAUCUCCACGCAAACCGUAUUGUGCCAUUUCCAGGAACGGUCUAUAAUGUGACUCCAUACCCCAUUCGAGGAUUUCAGAUUUAUGACAUGGGCAUACAAAAAAGUCCUAUCAGUUAUGCUUGUAUCUGUGUUGACCAACGUGGAAAAGAAACAUCGAGGCUUGUUUUGGAGGCCAAUAAUGAAGUACAACAGACGUACAAAGUAAGGCGUAAAGAGACGUCUCACAGAUUACUCCCAUACAUAUCGUUGCCUUGGCGUAAGGUCGCAUUGAUACUUGAUGGACCCACAUCAACAAGAUUCAUUAUGCUGCAGCACACAUCAAAAAAAAUCGUUAAGCUACAGGUGGGCACAACGUUGUCCAUGACUUGUGCUUUUGAUCCCAACGUUCAGACGUCGGCAAGCAACGGGCUAAUAUCAACGACAUGGCUGCCGAAGAUUCCCAACGAAUUUCAUUAUGCUGUAAUCCAUACAUCACAUGGACGUGAACUUAUUCGGAGAUCGCACAAAGAUGCCAUUGUUGGUACGCCGAAUGCCUUAGAAGUAAGUUACCAAGGUAACACAACCAAAUCUGCAUAUAACCAAUUGAGGAUCACGUCAUCUAGAGGUGCCGUGCUCAUAUCCAAGGAUCCAGCCCACGCGCAUUAUGUGCCCAUGAGGUUUCUCUGCGGUAAGACGUCCGAAUCAUCAGGCAUGCCCAUCAUCACUGAUGGCAAACCGACGUCAGACAUAUCUGCACCGUUCAUUCCCAAUACCAUAGAAUCGUCUACACGAUACACAUGGAAGAUCGUUAAAGUUGCUGUCGAGACCACGGAUCCGUACAUGCAAGGCUGCGGCGUUACGUACGCAUCAGAUGAGUUGUUCAAGCCUGAGACACCCAAGCUCUACGACGCUGAAGGGCAGUCGCAGUUCGGUUGCAAGAUUGAUCUUCAAGCUGCCAAGGAGGCUGCGUUCUAUUGCCCAGCGCCUUACGUCCUGGACCCACCCAAUUGCUUCAGCCAGGUCUCUGUGGACGGUAAAGGAAGGAACAUAAGCGAGCUCAGCCAGUCAUUGUCGGCCUCACAUUCUAAUCACUUCGUCAUCCUGCGUCUAUACAGUUCACUCGUAGGACCAGGGGAGACCCUGGGCCAGGGGCCGCCAUUGGAGUGCCGCUGCAUCACCGUCAAGGGCGCCAUACUCUCCACCAUCCAGAUCGAGAACUAUUACUCUAGAUGA